UGUUAGAGAGAGAAAGAAAAUUCGAGAUUACCGAUGCAAUUAUGAGAGAAAACAAUGGGGACCUCGUCUUAUAUAAUGGGGAGCGCAGCGGGUAAGCCGAAACCAGAGUGAGGCGAGAGCAGUUCACCAGAAAAAUUAAGGGAAAAACAGAGUGCUCAAGAGAUUUCAUUUGAGUUUCGUAAUUGUUGGGUCGUUUUCUUUUUCUUACUUCCCCCUCUGUAACAUCCCGCUUCUGUGAAUCCCUUUCUGUUAAUCAUCUGUCUUUGAGGUUCCCAUUUUUGGGUUUGUCUUGGUGGGUUUUGAUUGAAAUGGGCACAAAGCAAACUUAGAAGGAUUUCCCGAAAGUCAGGUGUUUUCAGAAUAGAGAUCCAGUUGUUUAUUUUUUUGGUUUUUGCUAUCGCAGGAUUCUUUUUGUUCUUAUUUUUGGGUAAAUUUUUAGUUGCUUUUGAUUUUAGCUUGUAUUUAUUCAGCUAAGAGGGUUAGUUUUUGGUCCCUUAAGGUUGAUUUGCUUUUCCAGAUCUAGGACAGAUCAGACAAGGUUAUUUAUUUUAAAUCUCUCUGAUCCUUCUGUUGUAGAAAUAGUUGUAGCCUUUUUUUGGGUUUCUUUCUAUUUUUGUUCUGUUUAAAACCUAUCCUGUUUCUUUAGUUUUGAUUAAGAAACGGGGCUGCUCUUCAGGUAAAAAAUUUUAAUUUCCGUGUUUGAAUUAAGAUUUCCCAAACUUUCAUUUUAGUCGAAAUUUUAGUGUGAUAUUGGCAUGGCAACUACGAUUGAUCAUAUGUACAAUGGCUGCAGAUCAAUCCAGUCGGGCUCCUUCGGGGGCGAGCUCAUGGAAGCACUGGAACCUUUUAUGAAAGGUGCUUCCUUCCCUCCCUCAACUUCCCCUUCUUCAUCUUCUUCUUCCUACAGUUUCUGCAAUACUUUCCCCUCUCCUUCCAUCUCCAGCACCCAACCCGGUACAUACCCAGAUGGUUGCUCAACGUCGGCGGCCCAAGUGUUUUCCGACGGGUUCUCGAGCUCAAUCGGGCUGAACCACCUAACCCCAUCUCAGAUUCACCAGAUCCAAGUCCAGAUCCAGCUCCAGCAUCAGAAACAGCAACAGCAGCUGCUGCACCAGCACCAGCACCAGCAGCAGCAGCAGCAGCAGCAGCAGCAUAUGUUCUCCAUGGCUGGGGCUCCGUUCCAGAAUGGAUGGCAGCUUUCGGAUCAGCGACAACCCCAAAACCUCUGCUUUCUCGGCCCCAAAUCCGUGCCCAUGAAGCACGUGGGUUCUCCUCCGAAACCCACCAAGCUUUACAGAGGAGUGAGGCAGCGGCACUGGGGAAAAUGGGUCGCCGAGAUACGAUUGCCCAAGGACAGGACCCGCCUCUGGCUCGGCACCUUCGACACAGCCGAAGAAGCCGCCUUGGCGUACGACAAGGCCGCUUACCAGCUUAGGGGAGACUUUGCCAGGCUCAAUUUCCCAAAUCUCCGGCACCAUGGAUCCUCCAUCGGCGGCGAGUUCGGCGAGUAUCAGCCCCUGCAUUCCUCUGUAGACGCUAAGCUUCAGGCCAUUUGCAAAAGCCUGGCCGAGUCGCAGAAACAGGGGAAAACCGGGAAGGCCGGUGACGGCAAGAAACUGGCGAAGUCGGCUAACGGGCGAUCUCAGGGGGUUCCAAAGGCAGCAGUUUCGGCCCCAAUAUCCCAGCCGGCCACGGGUGGGUUGGCGAUUGCAGCCGCCAGCGAAGUGGUGUUCGGGGGACAGGAUGAUUGCAAGGUGGAGAGCUCGUCGUCUCCGAUGAUGACAGAGAGCGAUGGGUCCGGUGGAUCUUCGCCACUUUCUGACCUGACGUUCGCUGAUUACUCGGAGCCGACGUGCGCUGACUGUGCGGACAAUUUCCUGUUGCAGAAGUAUCCAUCGAACGAGAUCGAUUGGGCAGCUAUAUUAUCAUCGUAGUUCAUAAAUAUAUAUGGUCUAUUUAAAUAGCUACCCCUCCCCUGUUUACCUUUUAUGUUUUAAUGAGGGGUUUUAGGUGUUAAAGUGUUGUCAUAUAAAAUUAGAAAAGGUGUAAGGGUAGAGGUAGAGCUCGAGUGCUACUGCAAUGGAGUUUUUAAGAAAUUGCAGAGCAAGGGCUUGAGUCCGUUGGUUCUUGGGUCACUGGUAAAUGCAUUCAUCUCCACCAUGUCCGGUUGGCUCUCUUUUUUUAGCCAUGCCUGGCAUGGAGAUUGAUUCGUCCUUUUUUAUUUUGUACCUUUUUCAUGUAUCCUUAAAAAUUGUAGCAUCUCAUGUGUAUUUUUUAUUAUGAUUAUUUGGUGAUCUUAUCA